AGAGCCAAGAGGCCAGGGGGCAGGCCCGACAGCCCAGGGAGUCUCGGAGCCCUGCCUGGCCCCAGGAGGAUGGACGUCAAAGACCGCCGACACCGCUCCCUGACCCGCGGCCGCUGCGGCAAGGAGUGCCGGUACACCAGCUCGUCGCUGGACAGCGAGGACUGCCGGGUGCCCACACAGAAGUCCUACAGCUCCAGCGAGACACUCAAGGCCUACGACCACGACAGCAGGAUGCACUACGGCAACCGCGUGACUGACCUGGUGCACCGCGAGUCCGACGAGUUCCCCAGGCAAGGAACCAACUUCACCCUGGCGGAGCUGGGCAUCUGCGAGCCCUCCCCACACCGCAGCGGCUACUGCUCGGACAUGGGCAUCCUGCACCAGGGCUACUCCCUGAGCACCGGCUCCGAUGCCGACUCCGACACUGAAGGGGGCAUGUCCCCGGAACACGCCAUCCGCCUGUGGGGCCGAGGCAUCAAGUCCAGGCGCAGCUCGGGCCUGUCGAGUCGGGAGAACUCCGCCCUGACCUUGACCGAUUCAGACAACGAGAACAAGUCGGACGAGGAGAACGGUCGUCCCAUUCCACCUACAUCCUCGUCUAGCCUCCUCCCAUCUGCUCAGCUGCCCAGCUCCCAUAAUCCUCCACCCGUUAGCUGCCAGAUGCCAUUGCUAGACAGCAACACCUCCCAUCAGAUCAUGGACACCAACCCCGACGAGGAGUUCUCACCCAACUCCUACCUGCUCAGAGCAUGCUCAGGGCCCCAGCAAGCCGCCAGCAGUGGCCCGCCCAACCACCACAGCCAGUCCACGCUGAGGCCCCCGCUGCCGCCCCCCCACAACCACACGCUGUCCCACCACCACUCGUCUGCCAACUCCCUCAACAGGAACUCACUCACCAACCGGCGCAGCCAGAUCCACGCCCCAGCCCCGGCGCCCAAUGACCUGGCCACCACGCCUGAGUCUGUGCAGCUGCAGGACAGCUGGGUGCUGAACAGCAACGUACCGCUGGAGACCCGGCACUUCCUCUUCAAGACGUCGUCGGGCAGCACUCCGCUGUUCAGCAGCUCGUCCCCAGGCUACCCGCUGACCUCGGGGACCGUGUACACGCCGCCACCGCGCCUGUUGCCGCGCAACACCUUCUCCCGCAAGGCCUUCAAGCUGAAGAAGCCAUCCAAGUACUGCAGCUGGAAAUGCGCCGCCCUGUCGGCCAUCGCCGCCGCCCUGCUGCUGGCCAUCCUGCUGGCCUACUUCAUCGCAAUGCAUCUGCUCGGACUCAAUUGGCAACUGCAGCCGGCAGAUGGACACACCUUUAACAAUGGGAUAAGGACAGGCUUACCAGGCAGCGACGAUGUGGCGACACUGCCAUCUGGAGGCAAAGGGCCAUGGUCCUUGCGGAACAGCAGCAUCGACAGCGGGGAGGCAGAAGUGGGGCGCAGGGUGAGCCAGGAGGUGCCCCCGGGCGUGUUCUGGAGGGCCCAGCUGCACAUCAGGCAGCCUCAGUUCCUCAAGUUCAACAUCUCCCUCGGCAAGGACGCACUCUUCGGCGUCUACAUCCGAAGGGGGCUCCCACCAUCCCACGCCCAGUAUGACUUCAUGGAGCGCCUGGACGGGAAGGAGAAGUGGAGUGUGGUGGAGGCCCCCCGGGAGCGGCGCAGCAUCCAGACACUGGUGCAGAACGAGGCCGUGUUCGUGCAGUACCUGGACGCCGGCCUGUGGCACCUGGCCUUCUACAACGAUGGCAAGGACAAGGAGCUGGUGUCCUUCAACACUGUCGUCCUAGACUCUGUGCAGGACUGCCCUCGGAACUGCCACGGCAACGGCGAGUGUGUGUCAGGGCUGUGCCACUGCUUCCCAGGAUUCCUCGGGGCCGACUGCGCGAAAGUGGCCUGCCCUGUGCUAUGCAGCGGAAAUGGACAGUACUCCAAGGGGACCUGCCAGUGCUACAGCGGCUGGAAGGGGGCCGAGUGUGACGUGCCUAUGAACCAGUGCCUCGACCCGGCCUGCGGUGGCCACGGCUCCUGCGUGGAGGGCAACUGCGUGUGCUCUGCCGGCUACAAAGGGGAGCGCUGCGAGGAGGUGGACUGCCUGGACCCCACCUGCUCCAGCCAUGGGGUCUGCGUCGGCGGAGAGUGCCUCUGUAGCCCGGGCUGGGGAGGCCUCAACUGCGAGCUGGCACGGGUGCAGUGCCCAGACCAGUGCAGCGGUCACGGCACCUACCUGCCUGACUCGGGGCUCUGCACCUGCGACCCCAACUGGAUGGGUCCCGACUGCUCCGUCGAAGUGUGCUCGGUCGACUGUGGCACGCACGGCGUCUGCAUCGGGGGCGCCUGCCGCUGCGAGGAGGGCUGGACAGGCCAGGCGUGUGACCAGCGCGUGUGCCACCCCCGCUGCAUUGAGCACGGGGCCUGUAAAGACGGCCGAUGUGAAUGCCGAGAGGGCUGGAAUGGUGAACACUGCACCAUCGAUGGCUGCCCAGAUCUGUGUAACGGCAACGGGAGGUGCACACUGGGGCAGAACAGCUGGCAGUGCGUCUGCCAGACCGGCUGGCGGGGCCCGGGCUGCAGUGUCGCCAUGGAGACCUCCUGCUCGGACAACAAGGACAAUGAGGGAGACGGCCUGGCGGACUGUCUGGACCCCGACUGCUGCCUGCAGCCGGCCUGUCAGAGCAGCCUGCUGUGCCGGGGCUCACGGGACCCCGUGGACAUCAUCCAGCAGGCCCCCCAGGACGCGCCCGCCGUCAAGUCCUUCUACGAGCGCAUCCGGCCGCUGGCCGGCAAGGAUGCCACCCACAUCAUCCCAGGGGACAACCCUUUCAACAGCAGCCUGGUGUCUCUCAUCCGGGGCCAAGUGGUGACGGCUGACGGGACCCCCCUGGUGGGUGUGAACGUGUCUUUCGUCAAGUACCCAAAGUAUGGCUAUACCAUCACACGCCAGGAUGGCAUGUUCGACCUGCUGGCCAACGGAGGCGCGGCACUGACCCUGCACUUCGAGCGUGCGCCCUUCCUGAGUCAGGAGCGCACAGUGUGGCUGCCCUGGAACUCCUUCUAUGCCAUGGACACGCUGGUGCUCAAGACGGAGGAGAACUCCAUCCCCAGCUGCGACCUCAGCGGCUUCGUGCGGCCCGACCCCAUCGCCAUCGCCUCGCCCCUGUCUACUUUCUUCAGCGCCGCGCCCAGCCACAACCCCAUCGUGCCCGAGACCCAGGUCCUCCACGAGGAGAUCGAGCUCCCAGGCUCGGCUGUGAAGCUGCGCUACCUGAGCUCACGCACGGCGGGCUACAAGUCCUUGCUCAAGGUGACCAUGACGCAGUCCUCCGUGCCACUGAACCUGCUGCGGGUUCACCUGAUGGUGGCCGUGGAGGGCCACCUCUUCCAGAAGUCCUUCCAGGCCUCACCUAACCUGGCCUACACCUUCAUCUGGGACAAGACGGAUGCCUACGGACAGCGGGUCUACGGGCUCUCGGACGCCGUGGUGUCGGUGGGGUUCGAGUACGAGACCUGCCCCAGCCUCAUCCUAUGGGAGAAGCGCACGGCUGUCCUGCAGGGCUUCGAGCUGGACCCUUCCCACCUGGGCGGCUGGUCGCUGGACAAGCACCACAUCCUCAACGUCAAAAGCGGCAUCCUGCACAAGGGCACGGGCGAGAACCAGUUCCUGAGCCGGCAGCCGGCCAUCAUCAGCAGCGUGAUGGGUAACGGACGACGUCGCAGCAUCUCCUGCCCCAGCUGCAACGGGCUGGCCGAGGGCAACAAGCUGCUGGCCCCCGUGGCGCUGGCUGUGGGUGUGGACGGCAGCCUCUUCGUGGGUGACUUCAACUACAUCCGUCGCAUCUUCCCCUCGCGCAAUGUCACCAGCAUCCUGGAGCUCCGAAACAAAGAGUUUAAACAUAGCAACAACCCUGCACACAAGUACUACCUGGCCGUGGACCCCGUGUCCGGCUCCCUCUUCGUGUCCGACACCAACAGCCGUCGCAUCUACCGCAUCAAGUCCCUGAGCGGCGCCAAGGACCUGGCCGCCAACUCGGAGGUGGUGGCGGGCACCGGGGAGCAGUGCCUGCCCUUUGACGAGGCCCGCUGCGGGGACGGGGGCAGGGCCGUGGACGCCACCCUGAUGAGCCCUCGAGGCAUCGCGGUGGACAAGAACGGGCUCAUGUACUUCGUGGACGCCACCAUGAUCCGCAAGGUGGACCAGAAUGGGAUCAUCUCCACGCUGCUGGGCUCCAACGACCUCACCGCCGUGCGGCCGCUCAGCUGUGACUCCAGUAUGGACGUGGCUCAGGUGCGCCUGGAGUGGCCCACGGACCUGGCGGUGAACCCCAUGGACAACUCGCUGUACGUGCUGGAGAACAAUGUGGUCCUGCGCAUCACGGAGAACCGCCAGGUGAGCAUCAUCGCGGGCCGGCCCAUGCACUGCCAGGUGCCCGGCAUCGACUACUCGCUCAGCCGGCUGGCCAUCCACUCGGCACUGGAGUCGGCCGGCGCCAUUGCCCUGUCGCACACGGGCGUGCUGUACGUCACCGAGACGGACGAGAAGAGGAUCAACAGACUGCGCCAGGUCACCACCGGCGGCGAGAUCUGCCUGCUGGCCGGGGCGGCCUCGGACUGCGACUGCAAGGACGACGUCAACUGCAACUGCUACGCGGGCGACGAGGCCUACGCCACGGACGCCGUCCUCAACGCGCCGUCCUCGCUGGCCGUGGCGCCCGAUGGCACCGUGUACGUGGCCGAUCUGGGCAACAUCCGCAUCCGGGCGGUCAGCCCCAACCGGCCGGUGCUCAACGCCCUGGGCCAGUACGAGGCGGCGUCGCCCGGGGAGCAGGAGCUGUACGUGUUCAGCGCGGACGGCGUGCACCAGGCCACGCUCAGCCUGGUCACCGGCGAGGUCCUCUACAACUUCUCCUACGGCGCAGACCGCCGGCUGGCCGAGCUGGUGGACAACAGCGGCAACUCCCUCAAGAUCCGGCGUGACGAGGCCGGCCAGCCCCGUCUCCUGCUGCUGCCCGACGGCCAGGUGGUCACCCUGACGCUGGGCCCGGGCGGCGGGCUCGAGGCCGUGGCCACGCAGAGCCUGGAGCUCGGCCUCAUGACCUACGACGGCAGCACCGGCCUGCUGGCCGCCAAGAGCGACGAGACCGGCUGGACCACCUUCUACGACUACGACCAUGAGGGCCGGCUGACCAACGUCACUCGCCCCACGGGCGUGGUGACCAGCCUGCACCGGGAGAUGGAGCGAUCCAUCACCAUCGACAUCGAGAACUCCAACCGUGACGACGAUGUCACCGUCAUCACCAACCUCUCCUCCGUGGAGGCGUCCUACACCGUGGUGCAAGACCAAGUACGCAACAGCUACCAGCUGUGCAACAACGGCACGCUGCGGGUGGUGUACGCCAACGGCAUGGGCGUCAGCUUCCACAGCGAGCCCCACGUGCUGGCCGGUACCAUCACGCCCACCAUCGGCCGUUGCAACAUCUCGCUGCCCAUGGACAAUGGCCUCAACUCCAUUGAGUGGCGCCUGCGCAAGGAACAGAUCAAAGGGAAGGUCACCAUCUUCGGCCGGAAGCUCCGGGUAAGUGGCCGCCGGCCUGUCAGCACGGGGGAUGGGAACGAGGGCACCCCGCCUGCCGGGCCUCCCCCACCCAAGCUGCGUGCCAUAAGGAGGGGCUUGCUGGAAGUGGGAGAGCACCCCUUCACUGUGUCCCCACAUGGGGUGCUGGAAGCCUGCUAG